AUGAUCCCUGCGCAGGCAACUUCCCGUAAGAGAGACACCCUCACCUCAGCCCGACCCGCGCCUGGACUAAAUCUGUGUGAUAUCAGGUUCACAACGAUCGACCCUCAAAGAGCCGUCGGAUAUCUCCAAGUCGAUUGUGCCUGCAAGCGACAUGGCCUUACGGAGAGGUGCCGGCCGAAUUACGGUUCCUGCGUGGAUGGCAAGAGAUCGGUGCCGAUAGAACUGCUCGACGUGGCCGGGCUGGUCCCCGGCGCACACGAAGGCAGAGGUCUCGGUAACAAGUUUCUGGACGACUUACGCCACGCGGAUGCCCUUAUACAUGUGGUCGAUGUCAGCGGCACAACGGAUGCCGAUGGGAAAGCCACCCGAGGCUACGACCCGAGUGUGGACAUCGAAUGGCUACGUGGCGAGAUCGUUCGUUGGAUCCAGGGGAACUUGAUGGAGAAAUGGGGAAGUAUCAAGAGACGGCAUCUUGCAGUCAAGGCAUCACCGGUAGAAACCCUCCAAGCACAGUUCUCAGGCUACGGCAGCACCAGCGCCGUUGUCGCCCGGUGUUUGGACAAAUUACAGAUGAAACAACCUCUCGAGGAAUGGAACGAUGAGACAAUUCUCAAAGUCGUCAAUGCCUUCACGGAUGAGAAAUUCCCUACCGUCCUUGCCCUGAAUAAAAUCGACCACCCGGAUGCGGAUCGAAACAUUGCCAAGAUUGCAAAGCAACAGCCGGCGGAUCGGAUCGUUCUGUGCAGCGCAAUCUCGGAGGUCUUCCUCCGUCGGCUGGCGAAGCAAGGCUACAUCAAAUACAAAGAAGGCGCAGACUACCUCGACACCCGUGAAGAUUUGAUUGAGCAGGGGGAUCCCAGCGGUGGAGGACUGAAGGAGAUGGAUGAUAAGUUAAAACAGCGGAUAGAGAAUCUCAAGGAUAUGGUGCUCUAUCGUUUCGGAAGUACUGGCGUGGUGCAAGUCUUGACUCGGGCAGCAGCAAUGCUAGGUCUCGUGCCAGUAUUCCCCGUUAAGAACAUCCACACAUACGGGUCGGGAACAUCUGGGUCCACGGCUGUCUUCAGAGACUGCGUGCUGGUGAAGAAAGGCAGCACGGUGGCGGACGUGGCACGAAAAGUCAUGGGGGAUGCGCCCAUCGCAUUCGUGGAGGGCGACGGCGGAAGGAGAAUCGCGGAAGACUCGAUAGUAGAGGUUGGGAGGAAUGAUAUUUUGUCUUUCCAUGUCGGGCGGUGA